AUGAAUUCGAUUACGCGGGUCGGCUCCACAGCUCGUCGAAACACUCUGGAUUGGUCAAAGAGGAGCAUGGGCAAAUUGUCGACGGACCAGAAGGAAGACGUCGCCGCAAAGGGUAGCAUCGCAACUCCUGGUGAUGGUUUACGACUCAAUCGACCUCGUCCGCGUGGCAGGCCAACACCGGGUGGCCGUACUCCGGUGUCUCAAGCCCGAGCCAUCCGCGCUUGA